AUGGCGAACAGAGCUCCUCGACAACACACGGGAAGAGCCUGGCUUAACUAUGCGAGCGCACUUGGACAGCAGCGAUGCCGCACAAUUAUCAAUGAGAGCGCAGAAAUGCCCAAGAAGAUGGGUAUACUGGGUGCUGGUUCUUCCAGGGAUGGACCAAUGACGACGGUUAUGGACAGUCUCGAGGACAUUAUCAGACCAGAUGAUGUCAAUAGUCCGGAAAAUGCCAUGACGAUGUUCUCUCCACUUCACAUAGAGUUUGGCAGUCUCGACUUUGCACUCCAACCAACGGAUCAAGACAUACCGAGGGUUCGCGAAUUUCUUAUUCGAUUACCUGCCUUCCCCAAUGAAGAUGAUAUUGGCCUUGGUCCAAACCUGCCACCUUAUUUCAGUAACCAAGUCCAUCUUUCCUGGGGGAGUGUGUCCUUACCCCCCAUUGCCAGAAUCGACGAGACUGCGCGUUCCUACUUUGGAAAUGCAAUUACCAAAGUCGACAAGAUGAUCGCAGAGUUUGAAAAGCCCUAA